AUGAUCCGAUUGGCUGACAUUCCCCUACCAGCUUUUCUAGACCCCCUCCUUGGCUUCCUUGCCGAGAAAAUUCCCCCACCUCUGUAUUCAUUUCUGCUCUCAUUCCUCUCGCACUCACUUGCAUUAUUUACUGCGCUUAUUUCGUUGAUCUCAUCUAUAAUUUCCUCCAAACCAUGGCAAUGGAACGCGCAGACCAUCAUUCCCCCCCUCAUCAGUUUUCUCGCCGCAUAUCUCGCCCUCGUCAGCCUAUAUAGGACCACGAGUUGGAUGGUCAGAACCAGCAUAUGGUUCAUCAAGUGGGGAACCAUAUUAGGAGCGCUCACUGCAGGGCUGGGGUGGUACAUGGGCAAUCAGAACGCGGGUGUUGGGAACACGGGCGUCGUGUCCAGUUUAGGCGGGUUUAUCUGGGAUGUGCUGAAUAGCCAAGGCCAGUCCACCCCUGAUACUCAGCGUUCAUCGCGGACACCCAAGACACGUACACAACGCAAGUCAAAUGACCGUCCAAGGUCGUGGGAGUCAUUUGAAAAGCACAAACAAUGGCAGUAUCAGGAACGCGGCGGGAACCAGGAGGGGGACGACGCUCAAAAGAUAAUGUCGAACAUUAUGAAGGCUGCCAAUCGAGUAAUAACGGAGGGUGGGUGGUGGGACGUGGCUCGGGGGAUUUUUGACGGGCCGAGUUCUGAGGAUAAAUCCACUACCAGGGAUAGUCAGAACCGCGACGAGACGAAGAGCAGGAGUCGAUGA